CCCGGGCCCGGGCCCGGCCUGCCCACCCCAGCUGUUCCUCUGCCUAGCGGAACUGUUGCCAUAGUGACCGGAGGCACCCAGGGCAUUGGCUUCAGCACGGCGAAGCAUCUUGCAAGACUUGGGGUGCACGUCAUAAUAGCUGGGAAUGAGGACAUCAGGGGACAAGAAGCCGUGAAGAAAAUCAAAGAAGAAACUUCAAAUGAUAAAGUGGAGUUUUUAUACUGUGACUUGGCUUCUAUGAAGUCCAUCCGAAAGUUCGUGAGGCAAUUCAAGGCAAAGAAGUGUCCGCUCCAUAUCCUGGUCAACAAUGCUGGGGUGAUGAUGGUGCCACAAAGGAAGACUGUAGACGGGUUUGAGGAACACUUUGGUUUAAACUACCUGGGGCACUUUCUAUUGACCAACCUUCUCCUGGAGAAUCUCAAGAAGACAGGUUCCCCCAGCUACAACGCGAGAGUUAUUACCGUCUCCUCUGCCACCCAUUACGUAGGAGAACUCAACAUUGACGACUUACAAAGCAGCCGCUUCUACACCCCUCAAGGAGCCUACGCCCAGAGCAAACUAGCUCUUGUGAUGUUCACGUACCAACUCCAGCAGCUGCUGACUGAGGGCGGCCACCACGUCACUGCCAACGCCGUCGACCCCGGCGUGGUCAACACGGACCUCUACAAGCACGUCUUCUGGGGCACCAGACUAGUGAAGAAGAUCACAGGCUGGCUGCUUUUCAAGAGCCCGGAUGAAGGGGCGUCCACCUCCCUGUACGCGGCCUUGUCCCCGGAGCUGGAGGGCGUCGGGGGCUGUUACCUGUACGAGGAGGAGAGGACCAGGUCUGCCCACCUAACCUACGAUCAAGAGCUGCAGAGGAAACUCUGGGCCCAGAGUUGCAAAAUGGUGCGGAUUCCGGACGAGGUCAACAGAAAGGACCCGAAGAAGAAACCGCCGCCUCUCUCUCCCGGGGACAGGCCUGGAGCGCCUUGAAACCCCGUCUGGCCCCACUAGAGACAAGGUCCCUGGUCCCCCCGGAAAUAUUAAUCAUUAUAAUGAUAAUAAUUGUUCUUGUU